UAUGUUUACCAAAAACUCACGUUUUGGAGUCGACUGGGAUUACCAAAUGACCUCUCGUCUAGAAGUGCACAACCCUUUCAUUUGUCUGAUUUUCAAAGUCAUAGGAAAUACGGCAAAACUGUUGGAUUUUACGAAGGCUUGAAACCAUGUCUGUCCACAAUAGACCCGGAGUUAAUUCGCGCCGUUUUGGUGACCGACUUUCACAAGUUUGCAAACCGUCGGAAUGCGACCACACAUAAGGAUCUUUUAAACAGUUCCCUAUUCUUUACCAAAUAUCCCAAUUGGAAGCGAAUCCGAGCCAUACUUUCGCCGUCGUUCACAACCGGGAAACUCAAGAGUUUUAAGCCAUCGUUUGGCCAAUCGUUAGAUGUUUUGAUCGCAAAACUAAAGUCAGAGAUAAAGUCAAACAACACAAUAGACUUGCGGCCCAUAUAUGACUCGUUUGCGUUUGAAGUGAUAUCAAAGUCGGCGUUUGGUCUCAACACCGAUAUCAUCAAUAAUGCCAAACACCCGGUCUUCGAGGCGGCCAAGAGUUUCUUUCAGACGGGUUUCACUGUCAAGACUUUCCUAUUGUUUCUGUUCCCACAAUUAGCCCAUUAUCUGGACAUUCAUUUCUUCAACGAAGAGAGUCAGCAAAUAAUCGCCAAUUUUAUCAAACAAGUGAUUAACGAGAGAAUUGCCAACAAUUUUGAAGUCAAAGAUCUUUUGCAAUUGUCUAUAAAUGCCAGCGUUUUCUCUCCCAAAGUUACAACGAAUUCAUUUGAAAAAUUGAGCGAGGAAGAACUUCUAGCACAAAGUAUCAAUUUUAUGGCCGCCGGUUACGACACGACAGCCACACAAAUAUCAUUUAUAACUCAAUUUUUAGCACUAAAUCCCAACUUUCAGACAAAACUCGUGAAUGAAAUAAACAGUUAUUUCGGCGAUCAGUCAGAAGUCGACUACGAGUCAGUCAUGAAAAUGCCUUAUUUGGACGCUUUCUUCAAAGAAAUCAUGAGAUUUAACUGUUCGGUCAACAGAAUAGACAGAAUUGCCGAAAAUGAUUGUGUGCUAAAUGGCAUAUCUAUACCGAAGGGCACAUCCAUUAUAAUCCCCGUUUGGGCCCUACAUCUGGACGCCGACCACUACGACGAGCCCAAUGUCUUCAAACCGGAAAGAUUUUUGCCUCAAAACGAGUCCCGAAUUAAAGGCUAUACUUAUCUUCCGUUCGCUUCGGGGCCCAGAAAUUGCAUCGGAAGAAAGUUUGCCGAAAUGGAGAUCAAAUACUUUAUGGUUAAAAUUUUACCACUCUUUGAGUUCAAAGCGUUUAAAGCCCUCAUUGAAUAUCUCAUAGCACGCGAAGUAAACUGUGUUUUAACCGCUCAGACGGUUGAAAACGAGUUUAGAGUUCAAUUAGAAACACAGGAAAUCUCACACUUUUUUCGCCUAAACCAA